AUGGAGGAAGAUCAAACACUGCCACUCUUUGUACUUUUCGUGCUUUAUAUUGGAUUAGGUGGCCUCAUGCUGGCUACAUACGAGCCAGAUAUGGACUUUUUCAAGGCUGUUUAUUUCAAUUUCGUGACGUUGACGUCGAUUGGACUAGGCGACAUUGUACCGCGAAGCGAGACGUAUAUGGCAUUGACAAUCAUUUACAUCGCAAUAGGCCUCGCUCUGACCACCAUAGCUAUAGAAAUUGCUGCCGACACACUCAAGAAGCUUCACUAUUACGGCCGAAAAAUUGAAAACGUCGGCAAUGUGGCGAUUUGGUUCGGAGGAAAGAAGAUUACUAUGAAAGCACUGGUAAAGAACCUCGGUGAUCAGUUCAACUUGCCGACAACUGUUGUUAAAAGCCUCGAUCUUGAUCAUUUCGUCGAUCAAGCUAUUAAAGUGGAAGAGGGCCAAAUUGAAACAUUGCGGGUGAGCUCUUAA